CAAACAUUUAACCCUAAAUUGAUUUUCCCAUUCGCAUAAAUUCCCCCACUGUAAACCCUCAACCCAUCUCUCUCAUCCCCCUCACUCUCACGCCUGCUCCCUUCUCCAGCCAUGGAACCCUACUCCUUCUCCUCCUCGGCAGCAAUGGCGCAGAAGACAUGGGAGCUCGAGAACAACAUCGUGACAAUGGAAACUCCGUCCUCGUCCGAAUCCGACGCCAUAUUCCACUACGACGAGGCGGCGCAGGCCAAGUUCAAUCAGGAGAAGCCCUGGUCCAACGACCCCCACUACUUCAAGCGCGUCAAGGUCUCCGCCCUGGCCCUCCUCAAGAUGGUCGUCCACGCCCGAUCCGGCGGCACCAUCGAGGUCAUGGGCCUAAUGCAGGGCAAGACCGACGGCGACGCGAUUAUUGUCAUGGACGCCUUUGCUUUGCCUGUUGAGGGGACCGAAACUAGGGUUAAUGCUCAGGCCGAUGCGUACGAGUAUAUGGUUGAUUACUCGGAGACGAACCAGCAGGUUGGGCGGUUGGAGAAUGUGGUUGGGUGGUAUCAUUCUCACCCUGGUUAUGGAUGCUGGCUAUCUGGUAUUGAUGUCUCAACACAAAUGCUGAACCAGCAGUAUCAAGAGCCAUUUUUGGCUGUAGUUAUUGAUCCAACAAGGACUGUUUCGGCUGGAAAAGUCGAGAUUGGAGCGUUCAGAACAUACCCAGAAGGAUACAAGCCUACAGAUGAGCCUGUUUCUGAGUAUCAAACCAUCCCUUUAAACAAGAUCGAAGACUUUGGUGUACAUUGCAAACAGUAUUACUCAUUGGACAUCACAUAUUUCAAGUCAUCACUUGACUGCCACCUCUUGGAUCUGCUAUGGAACAAGUAUUGGGUGAAUACUCUUUCGUCGUCUCCUUUACUAGGGAAUAAAGACUAUGUUGCGGGACAAAUUUCUGAUCUAGCUGAAAAGCUGGAACAAGCUGAAAAUCAAUUGGCUCACUCACGCUUUGGGCCCCUAAUAGCACCUCCUCAGAGAAAGAAAGAGGAAGAAUCUCAAAUUGCAAAGAUUACUAAGGAUAGUUCGAAGAUUACUGUUGAGCAGGUUCAUGGUCUUAUGUCUCAGGUUAUCAAGGAUACACUUUUCAACUCUGUCCGUCAAUUCAACGGGCCUCGUGCUGAAUUAUCUGGUCCUGAACCCAUGGUUGAAAGCUGAUGGUGCUUUUUUAGUCACUGCAACCGCAAAAUUAACCUCUGCCUUUGAAAUGUUUUUGUUUUCUUACCAAAUGUUUUGUGUAAAUCCCUCCACUGCAAUUUAUACCACAUUUGGACGACUCCGUGAGGUUAAGGUUAUGCUAACUUGAAGCUGCUUGUUCUGCCCCCUUUCUGGUCAGGAACUUGUUGAAUUGAAAAUUUUCAGCUGUUUCUACGCUUGACCAGUUUAGUUGGUGAUUAUAUUUACCCAUGCUUCGAUUUUCAUAUU